AGGAGGAGCCGCGUCGGUGCCGCCUUGGUCCGUCAGGCCUCUGCUCAUCUCUCUUGAUUCAGCACCGCUGCUGUACCGCGCCUAGGGCUCGGAUCCCGCCGGGAAAAAUGUCAGAUGAAUUUUCGUUGGCAGAUGCGCUGCCUGAACCAUCCUCUGCCAAAACGUCUGCUGUGAGCAAUGCAAAAGCCGGCCAAUCUCCUCAAGUCUGGCCAGGCUCCAACCCUUGGAGUAACCCAAGUGCUCUACCUGCUGUGCCCUCUGGACUCCCGCCAAGCGGUGCAGCGCCCUCUCCUGUGCCUUUCGGACCAGCGCCAACAGGAAUGUAUCCGUCUAUGCCUCCAACUGGACCACCAACCGGACCCCCAGCACCCUUUCCUCCUUCUGGACCAUCAUGCCCCCCACCUAGUGGUCCAUAUCCAGCCCCUGCUGUGCCAGGCCCUGGCCCAACAGGGCCAUAUGCUACGCCAAAUAUGCCCCUUCCAGAGCUACCUAGGCCAUAUGGUGCACCCACAGAUCCAGCUGGUACUUUAGGUCCAUGGGGAUCUAUGUCUUCUGGACCUUGGGCACCAGGAAUUGGGGGGCAGCACCCUAAUAUGCCAUAUCGACCUCCAGGGCCAUACCCUACUGCUCCACCACCAAUGUCAGGAGCACCACCUGUUCCAUGGGGCACUGUGCCACCAGGAGCCUGGGGACCACCAGCACCAUAUCCUGGCCCUGCAGGAUCGUAUCCCACACCAGGACCCCAUCCUACUCCAAAUAAUCCUUACCAAGUGCCUUCUGGACCUUCUGGUGCUCCACCAAUGCCUGGUGGCCCCCACUACCAUUAAGUUGACAGUGGAUGAAGAGAUAGCGCGUUGCUCUUUGAAGUACAUGGACAUGCACAUGAAGGCGUAUAUACAAAUGGCUGCUUCCCUGUUGGUAAAGGGCGCUCAUGAACGAACUUUUGUACCUCAAACAGUUCCUGCUUCAUGUGUUUGGAUAUGUAGAAUGUUAUGUGGGUACAAUCAGAUAAAAAUGUAAAAGCAAAUCA